GGUAGGAAGCAGGGGAAGCAGUAGAGCAGAAGAGGAGAGGAAUGAUGGAUUGAGAGGGAGGAAGAGAAACCGCAGGGCAGCGCUGAUCUUUGACGAAUGACGGACGGGAGGACUUGAGGAGGGAGAAGGCAGACGCUCCGACGGAGUGCGAGAGACGGGAUGAUUUACGUUUAAAGUGACGGGUUCCCCUGCAGCCUGGCCAGUCCUUCAAGUUCACUGUUCUGGAGACUCUGGACCGAAUUAAGGAAGAGUUCCAGUUCCUCCAGGCUCAGUACCACAGUCUGAAGUUGGAGUGUGAGAAGCUGGCCAGCGAGAAGACGGAGAUGCAGAGACAUUACAUCAUGUACUACGAGAUGUCAUAUGGACUGAACAUUGAAAUGCACAAACAGGCGGAGAUCGUGAAGAGGCUCAGCGCCAUCUGCGCUCAGAUCAUCCCCUUCUUGUCCCAGGAGCACCAGCAGCAGGUGGUCCAGGCCGUAGAGAGAGCCAAGCAGGUGACCAUGGCCGAGCUCAAUGCCAUCAUUGGGCAGCAGCAGCUCCAGCACCUAUCCCAUCACACCCCCGGUAUUCCGCUGACCCCUCACCCCUCCGGCCUGGCCCUGGGGGCGGGCUCCGGGCUGCUGGCCCUCACCGGGGCCCUGGGGGUCUCCGCCCACCUGGCCAGCAAGGACGAGCGCAACCACCUGGACUCGGAGCACCUGAGAGAGGGAGCACCGAGCAGGAGUAAGUCGGUGUCGUCGACGGACAGCCAGCCCACAGAGGAGAGACAGGGGCCCUCGGGGGGCUACGCCCCGCAGGGGGGGGUGGACGCCAAGAGGAGGCGCUGUGAGGAGAAGGACACGCAUCCUUCACACUACGACAGUGAUGGGGACAAGAGCGAAGACAACCUGGUGGUGGACGUCUCUAACGAGGAGCCCACCUCCCCAGCGGGCACCCCCCCUGCCUCCCCCCACGGAAACGGGCUGGACCGAGCCCCCACCCUCAGGAAGGAGCUGCCCGGGACCCCCAGCCCUCCUGCGGCCCCCUCGCCACCCCCACCUCACACCCCCUCACCUGGAAAGGCCAAAGACCCAACACAGGUGGAGAAGUCUCAGUCCCCCUCCUCGAAGUCGGACACCCCGUCCCCCUCCCGCCGCGAGGCCUUGACCCCCGGCCCCCCCGGGCCCCCUGGCCCCAGCACCUCCUGCCUGCGCCUCGCCAGCAAGCCCGCCUCCUCCACCGACCCCCUGGCCCUGCGCAGCCCCCUGUCCGUGCCCCCUGGCUCGUACCCGGCUCAUUUCGGGGUGGUGUCCCACGCGGGCCUGAACGGGGAGCUGGCCAAUCCCGGGGGCUUCGGGGGGGCCCUGACCCUGUCCCCCCAAAUGAGUGGUGCCUCCAGCGCCUACACACGCAGCCCCAUGGUGGCGUAUGAGUCCCGUUCCCAUCUCAGGGCCCCGGGGCUGUCCUCCUCAUUGCCUGGAGCCACAGGUGGAAAGCCGGCGUACUCCUUCCACGUGAGCGCAGACGGGCAGAUGCAGCCGGUGCCCUUCCCCCCUGACGCCCUGCUGGGCCCGGGCAUCCCGCGCCACGCCCGGCAGAUCCACAGCCUGAGCCACGGAGAGGUGGUGUGCGCCGUCACCAUCAGCGCCUCCACCCGCCACGUCUACACCGGCGGCAAGGGCUGCGUGAAGGUGUGGGACAUCAGCCAGCCCGGCAGCAAGACCCCCAUGGCCCAGCUGGACUGCCUGAACAGAGACAACUACAUCCGGUCGUGUAAGCUCCUCCCCGAUGGGCGGACCCUGAUCGUUGGAGGCGAGGCCAGCACGCUGUCCAUCUGGGACCUGGCCACGCCCACGCCGCGCAUUAAGGCGGAGCUAACGUCCUCGGCCCCCGCCUGCUACGCCCUCGCCAUCAGCCCCGACAACAAGGUGUGCUUCUCCUGCUGCAGCGACGGCAACAUCGUGGUGUGGGACCUGCACAACCAGACGCUGGUCAGGCAGUUCCAGGGCCACACGGACGGGGCCAGCUGCAUCGACAUCUCCAACGACGGGACCAAACUGUGGACGGGGGGGCUGGACAACACGGUGCGCUGCUGGGACCUGAGAGAGGGGAGACAGCUGCAGCAGCACGACUUCACCUCCCAGAUCUUCUCUCUGGGGUACUGUCCCACAGGAGAGUGGCUGGCCGUGGGGAUGGAGAGCAGUAACGUGGAGGUUCUGCACGUCUCCAAACCCGACAAGUACCAGCUGCACCUCCACGAGAGCUGUGUGCUCUCGCUCAAGUUCGCCUACUGCGGCAAGUGGUUUGUGAGUACAGGGAAGGACAAUCUGCUGAAUGCAUGGAGGACGCCUUAUGGAGCCAGCAUAUUUCAGUCCAAGGAGUCCUCGUCGGUCCUGAGCUGUGACGUGUCUCCGGAUGACAAGUACAUCGUCACCGGCUCCGGGGACAAGAAGGCCACCGUGUACGAGGUGGUCUACUGAGGCCUGACCGGAGGGGGGGGGG